CUGAUUUCCGGUAGAUUGUGCUGAGCGGGAAGAAACAGGAAGGAGACAAUGUUAACUGGCAGCAGCAGGAGAGGGUGACUAUUAUACAGCUGUCGGAAUCCCAUCGGGCAGGAUACCAACGCCGAACUCUCGACUGCCGGAAUACAGGUCUAUUCCCACUCGUGAUUGUCCACCACUGAGCCCUCAAGGGGACUCUUAGCGCUCGCCCCGUGGUGUCUAAAUUCCAGCUUAACAAAGAAAUUGUAGUCCCUGUCUUCCAAGGGCCGGACCUUCCUGUGGGAGUUGCUUCAUUGGAUGUAGUCCGUGUUUUAAGGAUCUACGUGGAUCAUACCAGUGCCAUCAGAAACACAGAUACUCUCUUCGUUCUGUACGAAUUUCAAAAGAGAGGAUGGCCUGCUGACAAACAGACACUGGUGAGGUGGCUUCGAAUGACGAUUUCAGAAGCAUAUUCUCAAGCUGAUCUCCCUAUUCCGGCUAAUGUCUCUGCUCACUCUACUCUUAAGGAUUACACAGUAGUGAAGAAGACUUCCGAUGAGUGUGAAACACCCAGCAGCCGUCCCCGUGUGUCAGGAGGACUGAGCAGGACCCAGAGCCCCAUCACGGUGCCUCAACCUCACUCACUGACACAUGAGAGGCACAAUGACCAGAAGAUCCUGGAACUCACCAACAAGAUCAUUCAGCUGCUUACUGGAGAGGAGUGGGAACACAUGGGUCUGUACAAGAACGUGAUGAUGGAGAAUCACCGGCCCCUCACAUCACUGGCUAAGAGGAGACUGUCAUGUAUUGUACAGGGGAGAGCAGAUGAAGCCAGUAAUAGAGAUACCCCAGAGAGAGAUCCCCGUCCUCUGUAUUCCCAGGAUUGUACAGAGGCGAAUCACAGGAUCCCACAGGAGGAUCAGGGAGAGUGUAUAUCUUAUAUUAAGGCAGAAGUUACAGAGGGAGAAGAAGAGACGUAUGUGACUGAUAUCAAGACAGAAUAUAUAAAGGGAGAAGAAGAGACAUAUGUGACUGAUAUGAAGGCAGAAGUUACAGAGGGAGAAGAAGAGACGUAUGUGACUGAUAUGAAGGCAGAAGAUAUAGAGGGAGAAGAAGAGACGUACGUGACUGAUAUCAAGGCAGAAGAUAUAGAGGGAGAAGAAGAGACGUAUGUGACUGAUAUGAAGGGAGAAGUAGAGACUCAUAUGAAGGUAGAAGAUAUAGAGAGAGAAGAUGAGAUGUAUGUGAGGUGGGAACAGCAGUGUAAGGAGGAAGAAAUCCCUACAGAUAUCACCACAGCAGAUGGAGGCACAAGCUGGAGGAAGUUGGAGGGAAAACUCAUUUUGUCUCCAGAUUUUAAAACAGAAGAUACAAUCGCACAGGAUUCUCCAGGAAACAGUCUUAUUGCUUUAAUUAUGCAUCCAGUACUUCCUAGUGAAGAUAUUUCAUCUGCUCCCUCUAAUCAUGGGGAAUGUUCUCCCGAUAACUCAAAUAUUGGCAAAUAUAGUACAGCUCAGACAGGUGAUUCAGUCUUUACCUGUUCUGAAUGUGGUAAAUGUUUUGUACAUCAGUCAGUUCUUGUUAAACAUCAGCUAAGUCACACAAGUGAGAAACCAUUUUCAUGCUCUGAGUGUGGGAAAUGUUUUACAUAUAAAUCAUAUAUUGUUAUACAUCAGAGAAGUCACACAGGUGAGAAGCCAUUCCCAUGCUCUGAGUGUGGGAAACGUUUUACACAGAAACAAGGACUUGUUAUACAUCAGAGAACUCACACAGGUCAGAAGCCAUUUUCAUGCUCUGAGUGUGGGAAAUGUUUUACACAGAAAUCAGACCUUGUUAUACAUCAGAGAAGUCAUACAGGUGAGAAACCAUUUCCAUGCUCUGAGUGUGGAAAAUGUUUUACAUGCAAAUCAGUUCUAGUUACACAUCAGAAAACUCACACAGGUCAAAAGCCAUUUUCAUGCUCUGAGUGUGGGAAAUGUUUUACAUACAAAUCAGCUCUUGUUACACAUCAGAGAACUCACACUGGUGAGAAACCAUUUUCAUGUUCUGAGUGUGGGAAAUGUUUUACACAGAAACCACAUCUUGUUGCACAUCGGAGAAGUCACACAGUUCCAGGAUAUCCUUUUUGUAGUAAGUUGACCAUAGUUGUGUGCAAUAUUCGAGAUGUGGCCUCACUUGGUGAAGAUUUGACUUCGAUUAAAGUAGAAGAUUUAGAGGGAGAAGAAGAGCUGUAUGUGACUGAUAUGAAGGCAGAAGAUAUCGAGGGAGAAGAAGAGACGUAUGCAGAAGAUACAGAGGAGGAGGAGAAGAAGACGUAUGUGACUGAUAUGAAGGCGGAUGAUACAGAUGGAGAAGAAAAGAUGUAUGUGACUGAUAUGAAGGUAGAAGAUACAGAUGGAGAAGAAGAGAUGUAUGUGACUGAUAUGAAGGCAGAAGAUACAGAGGAGGAGGAGAAGAAGACGUAUGUGACUGAUAUGAAGGUGGAUGAUACAGAUGGAGAAGUAAAGAUGUAUGUGACUGAUAUGAAGGUAGAAGAAACAGAGGAGAAGAGAGUUGCCCUUCUGUAUGAAGGCAGGAGAUACAGAGAGAGCUGUAUAACUGAUAUAAAGGCAGAAGAUACAGAGGGAGAAGAGACUUCUGUGACUGAUAUGAAGGCAGAAGAGACGUAUGUGACUGAUAUGAAGGCAGAAGUUAUAGAGGGAGAAGAAGAGACGUAUGUGACUGAUUUGAAGGCAAAAGAUUUAGAGGGAGAAGAAGAGAUGUAUGUGACUGAUAUGAAGGCAGAAGAGACUUCCGCUUCCUCGGAUCAUCCGGAUGCUGCUCUGCAGAGAGUAUUAGAGGCGGUGACUGCCAGUGAGGCACGUCUGGCAGACAAGAUUGGGCAAGUGCAGUCUGAUCUCUCCAUUAUCCAUCAAGACCUUCAACGAGUGAGAGAGAGAGUGGGAGAGGCUGAGACCCAUAUAUCCAAUGUUGAAGACUCCGUCGGGCCGCUGGGUCGUCGCACUGAUGCUUUGGAAUCCCAAAUGACUGAGGUGCGCAAAAAACUGACGGAUAUGGAGGGGCGCUUGCGGCGCAAUAAUGUCCGUUUCGUUGGCCUGCCGGAAAAGGAAGAGGGCUCAACUCGUGAAGAAUUUCUUGUAAAGUGGCUCCGGGAUGCUUUUGGGACUGAGGAAUUCUCGCCUUAUUUUACCGUUGAACGGGCCCAUAGAGUUCCGAUGCGCCCACUGCCUCCGGGGGCUCCACCUCGCACCUUUAUUGCUAAGUUCCUUCAUUUCCGAGACCGCGACACAGUUCUAAGGCUGGCCCGCACCAAAGGACCUUUGAAAUGGAACGGAUCGCCCAUAUCGGUUUUCCCGGACUUUGCCGUGGAUGUACAAAAGGAUAGGGCUCAGUUCCUGUCUGUUAAGAGGAGGCUCCGUGAACUUGACCUGCCGUAUGCCAUGCUCUUCCCAUCUAGAUUGCGAGUGGUGGCUGAUGGGGAAACAAAGUUUUUCACAACUCCUCACUUUAAUUGUGAUAGGGGUCAAGCUGUGUGGAAAUUUAACCCAUUUUGGCUCGUUCACAUGGGUGAAGGAUCUGAAAUGGUGGCCGCAUGGCGGGAGUUCUUCGAGCUGAAUAGUACCGACCAGUCUAUCUCUAACCUAUGGGACACAUUUAAGGCCUUUUUACGGGGGAGUUUGAUUAAACGGGUGUCUGAACUCAAAUCCUUCUAUAGGAAAAGGGAGGCUGAGUUGGAGGCCCGGACUGUCGCUGCAGAACUACAAUACUUGCAGGAUUCCUUGAUCAGUUCCAGGUCAGCCUGGUUGUCGGCUCAGAGGGAAUGGAGAGACUACCUAAUGGAAAAGACUCAGCAUAGACUCCUUUUCUCAUCCCAUACCUUUUACGCAACGGGGGACAGGCCGGGGACAUAUCUGGCCUCUCUGGCUCGGGGAGACAGACCUACUAGUGUGGUGGUAGAGAUUGUGAGCGCUGACGGUGUCCACCUGACCCAGACUCCACAGAUGACGGCUGAAUUUGUAUCCUUCUAUAGUCGCUUAUAUGAAUCUAAAUUAGAUUGUACCUCAUCACAAUUAAAUGAUUACUUAGACGGUGUCUGCUUCCCCACCUUGUCCGGGGAGGCUUGCAACCUUUUGGAGGCGCCCAUUUCCCCCGAUGAAGUUAGAGCAACGAUUGAGGCCUCUCCUAGUGUGGGUGCUCGGGAGGACAGAGUGGCCCUAUACGCUGAUGACAUCCUGAUGUUUGUGGAUCGCUAUGCUGAGUCUAUGCCUAGGAUCUUGGAAAUUAUUGAUGGGUUCGAGCGAUACUCUGGCUUACUGAUAAACUGGGAGAAAUCCUCUAUCAUCCCACUUAAGGGCGAAGUCCCUGCCUCCCCGUUGAUGGUUCUUCCAUUGAAGUGGGUGGAAUCAUUCAAAUAUUUGGGUGUUUGGGUGUCUAAUGACCCUCAAAAAUUCUCUCUUCUCAAUGUUACUCCUCAAAUAGUAUAUCUCCGCGGCCGGGUGCAGGCGUGGGAUAGAGCGGUUCUUAGAACCAAGUCUGGUUUUCUUCCUAAGGUGGUGUCUAAAUUCCAGCUUAACAAAGAAAUUGUAGUCCCUGCCGUCCAAGGGCCGGACCUUCCUGUGGGAGAUGCUUCAUUGGAUGUAGUCCGUGCCUUAAGGAUCUACGUGGAUCAUACCAGUGCCAUCAGAAAGACAGAUACUCUCUUCGUUCUGUACGAAUUUCACAAGAGAGGAUGGCCUGUUGACAAACAGACACUGGAUUACACAGUAGUGAAGAAGACUUCCGAUGAGUGUGAAACACCCAGCAGCCGUCCCCGUGUGUCAGGAGGACUGAGCGGGACCCAGAGCCCCAUCACGGUGCCUCAACCUCACUCACUGACACAUGAGAGGCACAAUGACCAGAAGAUCCUGGAACUCACAAACAAGAUCAUUUGGCUGCUGACUGGAGAGAGGAACACGGGUCUGUACAAGGACGUGAUGAUGGAGAAUCACCGGCCCCUCACAUCACUGGCUAAGAGGAGACUGUCAUGUAUUGUACAGGGGAGAGCAGAUGGACCCAGUAACAGCGAUACCCCAGAGAGAGAUCCCCGUCCUCUGUAUUCCCAGGAUUGUACAGAGGCGAAUCACAGGAUCCCACAGGAGGAUCAGGGAGAGUGUAUACCUUAUAUUAAGGCAGAAGUUACAGAGGGAGAAGAAGAGACGUAUGUGACUGAUAUGAAGGCAGAAGAUAUAGAGGGAGAAGAAGAGACGUAUGUGACUGAUAUCAAGGCAGAAGAUAUAGAGGGAGAAGAAGAGACGUAUGUGACUGAUAUGAAGGCAGAAGAUAUAGAGGGAGAAGAAGAGACGUAUGUGACUGAUAUCAAGGCAGAAGAUAUAGAGGGAGAAGAAGAGACGUAUGUGACUGAUAUGAAGGCAGAAGAUAUAGAGGGAGAAGAAGAGACGUAUGUGACUGAUAUGAAGGGAGAAGAAGAGACUCAUAUGAAGGUAGAAGAUAUAGAGAGAGAAGAUGAGAUGUAUGUGAGGUGGGAACAGCAGUGUAAGGAGGAAGAAAUCCAUACAGAUAUCACCACAGCAGAUGGAGGCACAAGCUGGAGGAAGUUGGAGGGAAAACUCAUUUUGUCUCCAGAUUUUAAAACAGAAGAUACAAUUGCUCAGGAUUCUCCAGGAAACAGUCUUAUUGCUUUAAUUAUGCAUCCAGUACUUCCUAGUGAAGAUAUUUCAUCUGCACCCUCUAAUCAUGGGGAAUGUUCUCCCGAUAACUCAAAUAUUGGCAAAUAUAGUACAGCUCAGACAGGUGAUUCAGUCUUUACCUGUUCUGAAUGUGGUAAAUGUUUUGUACAUCAGUCAGUUCUUGUUAAACAUCAGCUAAGUCACACAAGUGAGAAACCAUUUUCAUGCUCUGAGUGUGGGAAAUGUUAUACACAAAAAUCAAGUCUUGUAAAACAUCAGAAAAGUCACACAGGCGAGAAGCCAUUCCCAUGUCCCGAAUGUGGGAAAUGUUUUACAUGGAAACAGAAUCUUGUUAUACAUCAGAGAAGUCACACAGGUGAGAAGCCAUUCCCAUGCUCUGAGUGUGGAAAACGUUUUACACAGAAACAAGGUCUUGUUAUACAUCAGAGAACUCACACAGGUCAGAAGCCAUUUUCAUGCUCUAAGUGUGGAAAAUGUUUUACAUACAAAUCAGUUCUUGUUACACAUCAGAGAACUCACACAGGCGAGAAACCAUUUUCAUGUUCUGUGUGUGGAAGAUGUUUUACACAGAGACCACAUCUUGUUGAACAUCAGACAAGUCACACAGGGGAGAAACCAUGUCCAUGCUCUGAGUGUGGGAAAUGUUUUACACAGAAAUCAGACCUUGUUAUACAUCAGAGAAGUCAUACAGGUGAGAAACCAUUUCCAUGCUCUGAGUGUGGAAAAUGUUUUACAUGCAAAUCAGUUCUUGUUACACAUCAGAAAACUCACACAGGUCAAAAGCCAUAUUCAUGCUCUGAGUGUGGGAAAUGUUUUACAUACAAAUCAGUUCUUGUUACACAUCAGAGAACUCACACUGGUGAGAAACCAUUUUCAUGUUCUGAGUGUGGGAAAUAUUUUACACAGAAACCACAUCUUGUUAGACAUCUGAGAAGUCACACAGGUUUGUGAAAUACUUUACACUGAAAUCACACUUUUUUAAGCAUUAGGAAAUACACUUUAUAAAGGAGAACUUAUUGUCAUUUGAUAUCUGGGUGGUAUAAGUGCAUGUCUGAGAGGCAUGUUAUAAUUCUUUAUUGCAUAUACCUGUGGGAUCUGAGGGGAUAGUGUUUAUGGCAUGUUGGGCUAAUUGAUGGGGAAUUUGGGAUGAAUGAUGUGGGCGUGGUCAAUGCUACAUUUGCUUUCCUGUAAGUACAACCAGAUGCCUAUAACAGAGUGUAUGUAGAAAGUUUCUUGUAAAAAUUGAGAAAGUCUUUAUAAAGUGUAGGUAAAAUAUAUACAUCAGUCUGAUAGUGUAAUAAAUGUUUAAAAUAAAAGAAAACAAAAGAACUUCCAUAUAGCUAUAAUUGAACACUGCGGUGGUGUAAGCUGACGUGGGUAAUAUAUUAGUGUAUGAUGUACUGUAUAUAACAGACUGAUGAAGGAACAAUGUAAAAUAAGGGCAGUGAAAGAUAUAAUAAUAUACUGCACCCAUGUGAUAUAAGCUAAGAGUAUAAGGUACAGUUAGAGAACAGGAAGAUUCCACACAUCAUACAAUGAGCUCCUAUGACGGGGAAGGAGCAAUGACUGAUCGGCCAGCACUGACCAUGGGGGAAAUAACGUUACGGUGAGACAGCCUGCACAUUACAUCAGAGGAGCAGUCACAUGCUCUGUAUGACAGCAUCACGGCUGUCCCUCCAUAUGAUCUCGCAGUGUAGGCACAUCCUGUACCUCAGAUGCUGUGAUGUCAUCCCAUUAUGUAAGAGCCCCCGAUGUUAUGUGUCUCCGAUACCUGUUACCUGCUGAAUAUCUGUUGUUAUAAUGAAUAUGUAAAGCUGUUUCUUGUAAUAAAAUGAUGGUAAAGGAUC